AUGCACUUAGGUGCAUCAUUAAAAUGCUACACCUGCAAUAAAAUAAUAGAUCACAAUUGCGAUCGUUCUCUAAAAGGAGAGGUAUCAUCAAGUGACUGUGCCCUAAUUCCGAAUGGAGGGGCUAAACAACACAGAUGCGCAAGGUUGAUCAUCAGUUACAGAGAUGAAAAAAAUAAUACAAUUGAAGAUGUACAAAGAAGUUGCGUCGACGUCGCACUGACAUGUGAAUUAUUGGAAAAAGCCUAUGGCGGAGACAAUGCACCCACAUUGGAAUCUUGCAGCAUGUGCGAUACCGACUUGUGUAAUGGAUCCACAGCUCUAAAAUUAUCGUCUAUGGUGCAUCUUUAA